CUAAUAACAUAGAACAAGCAAAAAUACACAUAUACAAACAAACACAAAAACGCAAACAAGAAAAGACAAAAAAAUGAGCGGCAGACAAGUAUGCUUAAUGUCUACGACUAUUAAUAGCGAUGAUGAAGAUGAUAACAAUUUUUUUAAAGCUUCAGCAUUUCCAAGAAAGAGUCGCACUUCUUUUGGCCAUAAUCAUCACUCGCUUUUAGAUUCUUCAGAAAGCGAAGAUGAUCAAGGACAUCGUCAACCUCGUCCCAUCAAUGAUAGUUCAUCUCUUCUAAGAAUGAUGCUUAACAUCAAUCAACGUGAUGGUGCUGGUGCUGGUGCUGGUCGUUCCCAAUUGAACUUUAACCGUAAUCGUCCAACUAUUCCAGACUCUUCAGAAAACGAAGAUGAUCAAGGACAUCAUCAACCUCGUCCCAUCAAUGAUAUUUCAUCUCUUUUAAGAAUGAUGCUUCACAUCAAUCAACGUGAUGGUGCUGGUGCUGGUGCUGGUGCUGGUCGUUCCCAAUUGAUUAUUAACCAUAAUCGUCGAACUAUUCCAGACUAUUCAGACUCAUGUACGGAUGACGAAGGCCUGUCUAAGAACUACCACGGGAAGAUAAAACACUUUAGCCAUCCGCACAACUUGAACAAGUACAACUUCCAACAAUACUCCAAAACUAACUGCAAAGUCUGCGGGCUUCAACUUGUUGGCUCGGGUUAUGGUUGUGAAAGCUGUCAAUUCUAUGUGCAUGCAUCGUGCUUCGAUCUUCCACAGAAGAUACAGCACGAUGCACACCCAGCACACCCUCUGACACUUCGUUACCCGUCCUACUACAAGCACUGCGGUAAGACAUGUGACGCUUGUUGUGAAAACAUUAGGCGAAGUUUUCUCUACUGUUGUGAUCUCUGCGAUUUUGAUCUUCAUGUCACUUGUGCCACGUUGUACAACAUCGUGAAGAGACCUGAUACAUUGAAGGGAACACUUCGACUUCAUUACACGUUUCCUUUUGGUGAUAAUAUUAUUGCGCGAUGCAAUGUUUGUAACAAGAAGGUGUCUAAGGAAGGUUGGUUGUACUACAGCAAAGAUACUGGCCAUAUUGCACAUAUCAACUGUGUUAAGGAUACAGUUGGACCUUCUUGGAUUAAAGAGAAACUUAAUAUGCUUAAAUUUAAGUAAGUAAAUCAUGAAAGGAUAUAUAUAUAUAUGUCUGGCUGAUCAAGUGCUUGAAAAUAUAAUGUAUAGGGGUUAAUAUGCAUGAUGUCUGCAAAAUUAUUAAUCCUGAUGUAUUAAUUAGUUAAAAUAAGGUUUUCUAUACUUGGCAGCUAUAGAAAUUAUUAUAAGGAAUAUAAAAGUUGUGUGCUCUAGCAGAAUUUGGUGGCCCUGUGAUGAGGCAUAGGUUGUCUACAAUAGUCACCAUAUGUCUAAAUGUAAUGAGAUAACCAAAAAUUAUAUAUAUAUAAAAAAUGUGUGUUUAUUAAGUAA